AUGUUCUCUGAACAACAUCAACAGAAUUUCUUGCGCUCACUUUCCUUGUCCAGUUUCAAAGGCGAUCCAACAGAGUAUCACCUUUUUAUACGUACAUUCGGGAUGCGAGUUGAAAGAAACGUCAAAUCAAGUGGAGCCCGCAUGCAAUAUCUACAACAAUAUCUGGAUGGAGAACCUAAAGACCUUAUAAAAGGAUGUCAUUAUAUGGAACCUGAUGCAGGCUACGUUGAAGCAAUGAAGUUAUUGAAUGAGAAGUAUGGGGACCCAUAUAAGGUGUCAAAUGCAUACGUGAAGAAAGUGAACGAUUGGCCCAUCUUAAGACCGGGAGACGACAACGCCUUGGAAAAAUUAGCGAUCUUUUUGACACAAUGCCCGAGUGCCAUGGAAUCUUUAUCAUAUCUCGUGACUUUGGACCACCCAAAUAACUUGCAAUGUUUGAUGAAGAAACUUACCUUUUAUCAACAAGAACGUUGGCGUAGAGAAGUAACGAAGCUUAGAGAAAAAGGCAAAAACCUUGCUUUUAAACACUUUGUCAGUUUUGUCAAAACAGAAGCAAAGAUAGCGACCGAUCCGAUCUUCUCAAGACAAGCACUAGACAAGAUUGGUCAAGAUGACAAGAGUAAAUUCAAGAGAGGAUCGACUUCGAAGUUUACAAGUAACGCAACAAUGAUUAAAGAAGAAUCGCCCAAUUCAUGCAUCGCUUGCAACGACUUGCACGACUUAGACGAGUGUAAGGUGUACUUGAAGAAAUCGUUAUCUGAAGAGCUUGGAUAG